AUGGAUACACCAGGUAAGUGAUCCUUGUGUUUUGGAAGCUCAUUCUGCAGGGUUGUAUAUACUGAGCAUUAGUCAGGAGUAUCUCACUUUAUAGCUGAUUAAUUCUGUGAUGGUCUUAGAAGUUCCUCACUGACUGUUACUGUUUGACAGAACUCAUCUGUGAUCUUAAAAGGGACACUAUAGUCACCAGAAUCACUACCACUUAAGGAAGUGGUUCUGGUGAUGAAACCUACAGGCUUUGUAAUGUAAAUACAAUGUAUUUCUCUUUUACUUUAGUACCACCUCUAGGUGCAGACAUUCAAAUGGCCACUAGAGGUGCUUUCUGUGUCUACCUUCAGUCUCAACACUCUGCAUGGUGAUAGAGGUGUUACUCUAGUACCCAAACGCCUGGAUUUAAAACCUAACCUGUGCUGCUAACCUUGCACCCUGUUUCUCAAAUUAGGGCCAAAUCCAAGUAUAGAAAACUGUGCUGCCAAAUGUGCACAAGGAGUGCUACAUACAGUUUAAAUGGCCUUAAUGUUGGUAUUGACAAAGUGGAAACGCUGAAUUCUUGUUGGUGCUUCAAAUUAUAUAUAGAACUCUCUAUGUAAACUUGACAUUUAGUUAAUCUUCCUUGGUUUCUUUGCAACGCAUACACACUAACCUCCUCCUAAAUGAUUUCCUAUGGGGGUCAUUGGAUGGGUUGAGAUCAUCAAAACUGAUCACAUCCACAUACUGGUAUGGGAGAAAAGGUGAGUAAAAUCACCUUGUUAGAGUGAGCCAUGCUAGCAUUAGAAUCAGUAAUCCAUGUUUCUAUUUCUUACACUAGUGUUCCUUUAAACUCUCUGGAUUAAAAAUGUCUAAUUCAAUAUUUAACCUCAGCUGACCUGGUGACACACUUUCCUGUUUGGCUAUAUACAUUUAAAAUUGUGCAUAAUGCUGCUGGUAGGGUAGCACAUUAAAAACCCAGGACAGUGGGACAGAACCUUAAUAUUGCAUACCUCCCAAAUGUCCCUACACUGCAUAAAUUGUUAGGAAGUCUCCUAAAACAUCUCGCAACAGGCCAGCUCCUGGCUACACUGACAUCUCUAAAACUGUGUCCUUCUUGGUCUAUUUGAAAUCUUUGCAGAUAAAAAGAACCCUGUAAUGUAGACUAAAAGAAAUGGCUCCUGUCUGGAGCUCUGGGUUCUGGAAGGGUUGUUUCCUGUGCUGCUGGGGUCUUAUUGAACCGUCUUAAAUCCAAUUUAAACCUUCAAUAUCUAGGCUUAUGACUUAAAUCCCUUGCAGUUGUACUUUCAUAUUGAGUUGUGGACUACCAAUAGUGGCUAUAACCUCUUCCUAUUGACUUCCAGAUACCCUCCUGUUUGCUGUGAAGGAUUAUGUUGCCAGAGCUGGAUUACCACCCAAGAAUCUUCUGGAUAGCUUUGAUGCCAGAUCUAGCAUUGUAGGGAAGCUGAAUAAUGUCAGUAAGAUUGCCUUUAACCCAGAAGGGGUGCUGUUUGCUGUGCGUGGUAAAGAACUCUUCAUGGGAGCUAUGCCUUCAGAUCCAAACCUGGACUUUUUCUCUACUGCCAAGAGAGUGGGCAAAACUGACUGGGAAGGGUUUAAAUUCAUCUUCUUUGAUCCAAAUGGCCUUCUGUAUGCAUCUACCAAGAAUGGGGAGUUCUACAAGGGUCCAGCACCAAGCAAUGAAAACGUGUCCUGGCUUUAUGGCCAAGCCACCAAAAUAGGAACCGACGGCUGGCAUGAAUUUGAUGCCCUUUUCUUUGACCCUAAAGGCAUCCUGUAUGCAGUGACCAGUGACGACAAGCUUGUGAUGAGAAGCCCUCCAACCAAACCAGACGAUAACUGGCUUGCCUCCAGCACAACCAUUGGAAAAGGAGGCUGGCGCAUUCUGACCCAUUUCAUGGCUUUCACCCUAGAGUCAGACCUGUGGUGUGUGGAUUCAAAGAAUGGCAACAUCUAUAAAGGACCAGCACCGACCAAGGCUGAUACCAACUACAUUGAAAAGGCAGAGAAACUGGGCUGGGGUUACAAUGUCUACCCCCUCCUUUCCUUCACCAUUGAUAAAACCAUCCAGAGUAUUGUGAGCUUUGAAUUCCUGCCAGAUUCAGGGAAAAUCCUAUCCCAAGGCACAGAGGUGGUGCAGACCCAGAUCUAUAACAACAAGAGCAGCACUCCAUUAAAGCACACCUUCUCGUAAGUAAUGGAAACCUCAAUCUCAUCCACUCAGGGAUCCCAAUUUCAACUUGCCACUGGCGAGUGACCACUUCAGCUGUGGCAAGCAGAAAUUCACCCUCAGUGUUCCAUGGAUCCUUCAGGCUUGCAGUAGUCACUCACUUGUAGGCCUGACUAAUGGAAUAGGACUUUAGCUCUGCAGGUACUUCUACCUAUUGGCAAGAUUACAUAGAGUACCGGAUGGUGCACUAUAUACAAUACUUUGAAUACUAAAAGGUUGGUGGUCUCUCUACAUUAAAAUCCUUCAUAAGUUACAUGAUUCUAUAAUGGCUGAAUAGAGCAUGGUGUCUGUUUUACCAAGGUUGAGGAAAGCCUUGUUUACAGUCCUAGGGCUACUUAUUGGCAGAUAGUGCUUUGUUAUAAUGCCUGUGUUGGUGCUUGUGACUCUUCUAUGCAAAACAAAGGUUUAGGUGGUCCAAGAAAGGCAAGAUUAAUCAAACUAGAUGACAAGCGGCAACAGUUUGACCUUUAAUGUCUUUCUCUGAAUGGGAAGUUUGCAGGAUAGAUUUGGGAAUAUAAUUGCCAUUAGAUGUGCUCUGAGGUUGUUCAGUUGGACAAUUGUGUGUUCUGGAUAUACUGCUCUUACAUUGGUCAUAGUCUUCAACACUGCUGCCAGUCCUUCUUAAUGAGUGAGCUUCACUUGUGAUGCUUUUUAAUUGCACUCACUUUGUGAUUGUGGUGUAUCCCUUAUUUGCUAGUUUGAGGAAGACCUUAAAGGUUGGAAUAUUGCUGCUGAUCUGGUUUAAUCAAACUUUCCCUUUAUUUUUGGACCAUGGAGUGCCUAAACCUAUGUAUUUGCAUAUGGUAUCUGGGACCUAGUGCUGGCCCAGAGUUAUGGGAUUGAGUGCAGUUCUGAUUCUAUUCAGAAAAUGUCUCUUUUCCAGUCUUAAAAUAGUUGCCAGCUUCUGCUACAGAAAGCCAGUCACUAAUGGCUACUAGACUCCACUUGGUGACUGGUUUGUUAUCCUAUUACUCAUUGCUGGCUGCCCCUAGUCAGGCAGAAGGGGCAUUAACCCUUCCUAUUGAACAAGUCUUGUUCCAGUCCCUGACACAGGGUGAAGUUGCAUUCUCAGGUGUUUCUGUGCUUUACCAGCAAACCGCAACUGUCAGUCUGGGAACUUGUAGUUGCUAGAAGCUACUGGUUGCUAAUGCUUGUCUGAGGUGAGCAUGUCUUUUGCACAGGCUUCCCCUCACACUUCACUUCUGGAUGGAACUGUCUAGUUAUCAAGGAAGGAAUUGACCUGUAAUGGCAAAUAUUAGAAUACCUCCAGGAAAACUGUCCAGGUGUCUGGUCUCAGACUACAUCUUUGUCCUCCUGUUUGACCUGACUAUUCAUGGUGUCCUACCAUGCACAAUGUUCAUUGGAUUAUCUUUAUUUUUUAUUUUUUAUUUUUGUGGGUCACAUCCCAGUUCUUGACAAAAACCUCUUGUUGGGUUGGCACGUUUGUCCUUUGUUUCGAUAAACCAUCCUGUGGCUCUAACAUCGGGGGGAGGGAUUAUUUAUUUUUCUACUAGCUUUGCUGUAGGGGCAUAGUUGUGGCUGCUUGGGGACUGAGUGCAGUUCCUACCUACCUUUCUAGCUUCAAACAUGGAAUAUCCAGAAAUCCUUGUAAUUCUGUGUUGGGAGCUAGUUGCAGCCCAGAAAUGUUCCAUAUUGUGCACACUGGCAAGAGUUGGGAUCCUAUGAAACCUUGCAGGCCGAGUUCCUGCAAGAAUAGGAUCACAAUAUCCUCCUUCCUACACACAUUGUGCUCCCUCCCAUUACCCAGGGUAUGUAUGUCUUAGUAUCCAGUAGGGCAUUUCCCCCCCCUCCCCCCCACCACCUAUAAAGAGUUGGAGGCAAACCUGACAUAAUAAUUUUCCAAUUCUCCUUUUUUGAAGGAGACCCUGAUAUAAUCUGGAGUGCCCCUAGGAAAGGGUGGUCAAAAAUCCAGUGACUAGCUUAAUAUCCUUUCUGGAUUGUCUCAGGCUAUUCUCCUUCUCUCUCAAUAUAUUAAUGUGAAGGGUUUGUCUUUCUAGCUUCUCCAAGACCAUAACUGAGAGCAGCACUUUCAGCCAGGAACAUGGAUUCACAGUGGCUGUUGGUGCAGAGAUGUCCUUCAAAGCUGGAGUCCCAUUCAUAGGAGAAAUGGAGACCAAGAUUUCCAUCAAUGUGAGCACAACUCAUACCUGGAAUUUCGCCAAGACCAAUGAAAUCCAGGUAAGGGUGGAUUAAAUAAUGGUGGUGGCAAGGUAUCAAUAUGUAUGUUCAGAUUUGGUAUAGUUUGUUUUAGAAGAUGCUUUUGCGUUAUUGGAGGGGAAGCAACAGGCAUGGCAUGUGUCCUGGCUCUACAUGUAUCUCACUAGCUAAUACCUAAUACAAGUCUCGGGUUCCUUGACUCUCAUCUUGGACAAAAGGGACUGUUUGUAAAUUGAGAAAGGGCUGCCUCCCAAAACAGUCCUAUUUUAUUUUUACUCCCACAUUAAAUGCUAUGGUAGCACACUAGCACCAUAUAUUAACCUUUGCACAUCUACAGACUCACAGCCAUAGAUAUCCUUUGUUAUAUUGGAGCAGCUGUAACAAGCCACCCAUAUAACAAGAACAGAGCUUAAGCCUUUCUGGCCAGUCUGUACAAGCAGUUGAUCUGUGCAAUAAAUGGGUAUUCUGUACAGGUAACAUGUUCUUGACUAUUCAUGAUGAAAUAUUGCUCCUGCCAGUAUCUAACCAUCUGACUUCUUCUACAGACAACCUUCUCCUCCAGCACAGAUGUGGAGGUACCAGGUGGGCAUUCAAUACGUAUGGUCGCAUCUGUGACCAAGGGAGAAAUGGAUGUACCAUUCCGUGCCAAGAUCCGCACCUUGUUUGGCUAUGAAACCAUGAUACAGGGAAUGUGGAAAGGGAUCAGUCACUAUAACUUGAUGGUCACCCAGGAAGACUACAAACCAUGA